AUGAAGCUAUCGGUCAAGACACCCAUCACCUCCCUCAAAAAGUGGUAUCGCACCACUGGCGAGAAGGCUAUCAACAGAGUGCAAACCUUCCCCAUCGAGAACUCUCACGAUCAAGACGCUUUUGAAGGAGUCGACAACAUCAGCGACGGAGUAGAGUCUCUUCAUGACUCCGAAGAUGAAAGCGCCAACACCAGCGCCAACACCAGCGCCAACACCAGCGCCAACACCAGCGCCAACACCAGCGCUAGCAUCAGCGACGAAGUUGAGUCUCUUCACGACUCUGACGAUGAAAAUCCCUACCCAGAAAGCCCCAUCACCUACAACGGUGGCCAGUACUUCGACGCAGAAGACUACUUCUACCACGACAACGGAAAAUACUUCGAAAAGGCGCUGCGACCGGAGAAGAAGCCGAAGCCUCCUCAGCCCAAGAUUGACGCCUACCUCCUGAACGAACUGCACAUCGCGAUGCACGGACACAAAGACCCAGAGGUCAUCCAGAUGGAGAACUACGUCAAACAAAUCAACGAGCAUGAUGACGCGCCACUGAAGCCCGCCAGACCUUAG